CCUGGUAGUUUUACUCUCUCAUUCAACUUCCUCAUCUUCUUUCGUCAUGGCUUCCUGGUUCGCAAUCCCCAAGAACUCGCCCUUCUCCUUGGCCAACAUCCCCUUUGGCAUCAUCUCCUCCGCCAACACCCCGUCGCGAGUGGCCGCCAUCGCCAUCGGAGACCAUGCCUUGAACCUCAGUGUCUUCGCAGCCUCCGGGGGCUUUUCGCAGCUCCCGGCCAUCCAGUCCCAUCUCAGUGUCUUCUCGCAGCCGACUCUGAACGCCUUCGCGGCGCUGGGCCGCCCCGUGCAUCGUCAAGUGCGCGAGUACAUCCAGAGCGUCUUCCGCGCAGACACGCCCCUCCCUCAGAUCCUCAAAGACAAUGGCGCUCUGCAGAAAGACGCUCUGCUCCCCUUGAGCGACGUGACCAACCACGUCCCCAUGCAGAUCGGCGACUACACCGAUUUCUACGCGGGUCUGAACCACGCAUACAACGUGGGCGUGCUCUUCCGGGGACCCGACAACGCCCUGCAGCCCAACUACAAGCAUCUGCCCGUCGCAUACCACAGCCGGGCCUCCUCCGUCGUCACCUCCGGCACGCCCAUCAACCGCCCCAACGGCCAGAUCCUCACCAACCCGACGGCCGACCCCAAAGUCCCGACCUUCUCGCCCUGCAAGAAGCUCGACAUCGAGCUCGAGCUGGCCGCGUUCGUCUCCCGUCCCAACAACUUGGGUCAUCCCGUCCCCGUCACCGAAGCAGAAGACCACAUCUUCGGCCUCGUGCUCAUGAACGACUGGUCCGCCCGCGACAUCCAAGCAUGGGAAUACGUGCCGCUGGGCCCGUUCAACGCCAAGAACUUCGCCACCACCAUCACCCCCUGGGUGGUGCUGCUGGACGCCCUGGAGCCGUUCCGCUCCGCGGGCCUCGAGCCCGGAGACCGCGACUCUCUCCUCCCCUAUCUGCAGGAGAAGAAGGCCGCCAACGUCUACGACAUCCCGCUGGAGGUGGAGAUCACGAACGCCGGCGGCCAGCCCACCCUCAUCUCGCAGUCCAAUGCGAAGAACCUGCUCUACUCGUUCCCGCAGAUGCUGGCGCACCACACCAUCACCGGGUGUAACAUGAACCCCGGCGACUUGCUGGGUAGCGGCACGAUCUCGGGCACGGAGCCGAAGACGCAGGGCAGUUUGCUGGAGCAGACGAAUGGGAAGAGUCCGAUCAAGCUGGCGGAUGGGUCGGAGCGCCUCUUCCUGGAGGAUGGAGAUACGAUUGUGCUGAGGGGGAAGGCGGGUGCGGAGGGCAGCUAUGUUGGGUUUGGAGACUGUACGGGGACGAUUCUGCCGGCUGUGAAGUUGAGCUUUUAGUUGAGAUAUUGUAGUUCAUUCUUGAUUCCAAAAUAGUGUAUUGAGUUGUCAACUGUACGACGAGUACGAAU